AUGUACAGAGACCUGUUCGUACAUGGCAAGUUUUCCGUGCGGCGAGCAGUGCAGCAUGCCUGCGUCCUGGCCGUGAGCGUCGGCGGCCUCGUGGCUGCCGGACCCUGUGAUAUAUACGGAUCCCACGGCACGCCCUGCAUCGCCGCCCACAGCACCACUCGGGCAUUGUACGCCAAGUAUUCCGAGAGGCUCUAUCAGGUGCGGCGCGGCUCAGACCAGGCGACGACGGACAUCCUGCCCAUCUCCGCCGGCGGCGUGGCCGAUUCCGCGCACCAAGACUCCUUCUGCGCCCUCACGACUUGCCUCAUCACCGUCAUCUACGAUCAGUCGGGCCGCGGCAACCAUCUCACCCAGGCUCCGGCCGGCGGCGCGGCGCGCGGCCCGGAGCCCGGAGGCUUCGACUCCCUAUCCAGCGCCGUCGGCGCCCCGGUCAAGCUGGGCGGCAAAAAGGCGUACGGCGUCUUCAUCUCGCCCAGCGACGGCUACCGCAACAACGCGGCCGUGGGCACGGCCUCCGGGGACGAGCCGCAGGGCAUAUACGCCGUCCUCGACGGCACGCACUACAACGCGGGCUGCUGCUUCGACUACGGCAACGCCGAGAGGGACAACAACGACUCGGGCGACGGCAAGAUGGAGACGAUAUACUUUGGCGACGGCGGCUACAAAGGCUCCGGCAGCGGCCCCUGGAUCCAGGCCGACCUCGAGAACGGCCUCAUCCCCGGCCCGGCCGAGGCCCGCAACGACGGCAACCCGACGAUAUCGGCGCGCUUCGUCACGGCCAUGGUCAAAGGCAAGCCCAAGUACUUUGCCAUCCGCGGCGGCGACGCCUCCUCGGGCGCGCUGUCGACCAUCUACAGCGGCGCGCGGCCCAAAAAGUACGAAACCAUGUACAAGCAGGGCGCCAUCCUCCUCGGCAUCGGCGGCGACAACAGCAACAGCGGCCAGGGCACCUUCUACGAGGGCGCCAUGACCUCGGGCUACCCGUCCGACGAGGCCGAGGCCGAGGUCCAGGCCGACAUUGUCGACAAGGCCAAGUACGCCGUCGCGCCGCUGGCCGGCGGCCCUCUCCUCCGCGCCGGCUCCCGCGUCUCCCUGCGCGCCACGACGCCGUGCUGCACGACGCGCUACGUCGCCCACAGCGGCGCCGCCGUCAGGACCGAGGUCGUCUCGUCCUCCAGCAGCGGCCAGCUCAAGAGGGAGGCCAGCUGGGUCGUGCGCGACGGCCUCGGCUUCAGCGGCUGCGUCUCCUUCGAGUCCGUCGACGCGCCCGGCAGCUUCGUGCGCCUCUCCCCCGAGCGCCGCCUCGCCGUGCACCCGGACGACGGCAGCAAGGGCUUCCGCGAGGAGGCGACCUUUUGCCCCGAGGCCGGCCUCGCAGGCAGGGGCAGCUCACUGCGGUCGUGGAAAUACCCUACCCGCUACUGGCGCCACUUCAACAACGACAUGUACGGCGCCGGCAAUGGCAGCCCUGCGUAUUUCGAUGCCCAUCGGGUUUUUAACGAGGAUGUGACGUGGGAGGUCGGCCCUGGCUUCGCUUGA